AUGUCUGCUAAAACCGAAACAACCGCACGAUCUAAUUUGGUCAAGAACAAUAUCGGCAAGGUUCGAAAGAUGGCUGUGCGUAGUAAGAGUAGCCCUGCAUUAAUGGAUACAGUCGUCAAGCCCAGCAAGCAACGCAUGCUUUUACGUGUUUAUGGCGUAGGUUGCGACCAAAUUCUUGACCGCCAAAACGAGCUGAAUUGGUUAUCCCGACUCUCUCAUUUAAAUAUCGGCCCCAAGAUGCUGGGUAUCUUUGGAAACGGUCGAUUUGAAGAGUAUUUACCUUCGACCACAUUAACCAAAGAUGAUUUACGGGAACCUGCGGUUUCUAAACAGAUUGCAACCCGGUUAUUUCAGUUACACUCGAUUGUGGAUCUGUACCCACCCAAUUUAAGUAGCGAUAAGUUACAAGUGUGGCAGAAUAUCGAUCAGUGGUACUCUGCCUUAUCCACAGAAUUAAUACACAAUUUAAAAAAUAAUCCAGCCUGGAAAGAACAGAUUGAUAAAGAUUUAUGUCUAGUCCAAUUACGUAAUGAAAUCGACUUGUGUAAGAUUUUGUUGUCCAAGAAUCCGAGCCCAACUGUUUUUGCUCACAAUGAUACCCAAUAUGGCAAUAUCCUGAAAAUGAAUGAUACAAAUGAAUUAGUCGUGAUUGAUUUUGAAUAUGCGGGUUAUAACCCUCGCGGAUUCGAUUUAGUAAACCAUUUUUGUGAAUGGAUGUAUGAUUACCAUUCAAGUAAAAAUCCCGCCACAAUGCAUUACGACGCAUAUCCAACUCAAAGACAACAAAUUUCAUUCCUGACUUCCUAUAGUUUGGAUCAUGUCGAUACCCUUUUGAAAGAAGUAGAUGACUGGAAAAUGGCCUGUCAUCUCUUCUGGGCUCUAUGGGGUUUAGUACAAGCAUCUCAAAGUCAAAUUGAUUUUGAUUACUUUUAUUAUUCCAUGCAACGAAUUACUGCCUUUAGAGCUGAAUUAAACAAGAGAGUUAGAAAAUAAAAAAUAGUAGAUUAAACCACCGAUAAUUCGUUUAUAAAGAAUAUCCAUUUCCUUCCCUAUUUCUUUUCU